AACCAUCACAUUGUAAAGAUAAAAAUGCCAGAACUCACUGAAAUCAAGAACGAGGCUCCCUCCACCUCCGCCGAGGCCAAGGUCGAGGAUGUACGCGUCGAGGAUGACGGCAGCGACAGCGACUCCGAUGGCAUGCCCGGCUUGGAGGAGACAGGUGCAGGCACCACCCAGCUGGGUGGCGGAGCCACUGGCUUGCCCAUUGAUCUGGUGUCCAAGGCCAAGCAGUCUCGCGGCGAGAAGAAGGCGAGGAAGAUCAUGCUCAAGCUGGGCCUGAAGCAGAUCCAUGGCGUCAACCGUGUCACCAUCCGCAAGUCGAAGAACAUCCUGUUCGUGAUCAACAACCCGGAUGUUUACAAGAAUCCCCACAGCGACACCUACAUCGUGUUCGGUGAGGCCAAGAUUGAGGAUCUUUCCCAGCAGGCUCAGGUCGCCGCCGCCGAGAAGUUCAAGGCCCCAGAGGCUGCCGGCGCCGUCGACAGCGUUGGUGCCACCACAUCGGUGGCUCCGAUUGCCGAGGAAGAUGAGGAGGAGGUCGAUGACACUGGCGUCGAUGAAAAGGACAUUGAGCUGGUCAUAACGCAGGCGAACACGACGCGAGCGAAGGCCAUCAAGGCGCUGAAGAACAACAGCAACGACAUAGUCAAUGCCAUCAUGGAGCUCACCAUGCUCUAGAUAGCUCUCCACGCGCCGCAGAAACUAUGAUUUCGUUGCUUACCCGCCCUUUCGAUAACUACAGACCCAGCUGUUAUGCAUGCAUCAAGCGACUGCAUGCUACACCAGUCAACAUUUAAAAGCAUUAUUAAUCAAGAAUAAAGUGAAAUUCUUUCUGA